UCUACUUAAUCUAACGGCUAAGAAAUGCUUCGCACGGUGGGAGAUAUGUUGAGCCUAUAAUCCGUCUUGAAGAGUCUUUUAAGUCUUUUCUCUCUGGCGGAACCCUAGAAGCUUCUUCCGCUGCACUCCCUGGCGAGAGCGACAGACAGAGCGCAGAGAAGAGGGUUUGUGUUCCGAUUGAAUGGCGAGCGAAGAGGAGAACGGGGAAUUCUACCUGCGUUACUACGUUGGCCACAAGGGGAAGUUCGGGCACGAGUUCCUAGAGUUCGAGUUCAGACCAGACGGAAAACUCCGUUACGCCAACAACUCCAACUACAAAAACGACACCAUCAUCCGCAAGGAGGUUUACCUUACCCCUGCCGUUCUCCGCGAGUGCCGCCGUAUCAUCGCCGAGAGCGAGAUUAUGAAGGAAGAUGAUAACAACUGGCCAGAACCUGAUAGAGUGGGGAGGCAGGAGCUGGAGAUUGUAAUGGGGAACGAGCACAUAUCCUUCACCACCUCCAAGAUUGGCUCUCUUGUUGAUGUUCAGAGUAGCGCUGAUCCUGAAGGGCUUCGGAUCUUUUACUAUCUUGUUCAGGAUUUGAAGUGCUUUGUCUUCUCUCUCAUUUCACUUCACUUCAAGAUCAAGCCUAUAUAAGAUGUGUCUGCAAUAUUAUGCGUUCAUCCUUCGGGAAAUGUGUACUUGUUCAUCAGCUACUCCUUUUGCUAAUGGGCUUCAACGUUUGAUAAGUUGUGAUUUGGUUCUGUAUUGCUGGUUACACACUUUCACAACCCUUUUUGCGACGUUGAAGCUUUUGUUAAAAGUUUGCUUUUUAGGAGUUUGAUUUAUUAACAAUGUUUGGUAUUGUUAAUGAAAUGUGUAAUUGUUUUAGCUUUUGCUUGGAUUUCUUGAGAUGGAAAAAUGGUAUUAUUAUGUAGACAUUUUAUUUAUUUUUGGGUCAAAAUUAACACAUUCUUUUUGAAUAUGAGAUUUAAUUUAUGCAAAUUUGUACAUAAUAAUUUGAUCUGAUUGUCAAGCCUAGUUGGAAUUGCUAUAGUUUUCCGUAUGAACUGAGUUUUGCUGACAAAGGGCGUUGGCAGAUUAUAAGAAUUAUUCUGAACUUAAUAAACAUGUAAAGCAAAAGGCUUAUGCCGGUCACUGAAAAAUCAUCCUGACAAGGCUGGUGGGAGUUUACUUAGAGCACGAGGAACAAAUGGCCCAGGCAUAAGUAUAACCUCUACGAAAGAUGCUAGCACUAGAACUGCUUCUGCAGAGAGGCUCUGGGAACCUUUACCUUCCAAAGGAAGAAAGGAGCUUAUCAGCCUUGUGCAGGAUUCUAUGCAAUGUGCAAACAACAGUUCAACGAUAGGUCCUUUCUCUCAAAGGAAAAGGGUCACUGCCCCAUCAGGCAAGGUAGAUGGAAAAUUUUUUUAUACUACCCCGAUGCCUCUGCAUUCAUCUACUGUCUCUGGGGGGUUAUUGAGAAGCAAAGGAGAUGGAAAACA